AUGACGAGCAGCGGCGUGGACGUGGCGUGCAAGCAGUGCCAGUGCCACUGCGAGGACACCCGCACCGCCAUCCUGUACAGCCUCCUGAGCCAGGACCUGGGCCAGGGCGGCGGGAGCUGCGGGCCGGCCCAGCAGCGCUGCCUGUGCCACCAGCGCCGCACCGUCCGCCUCCGCACGCCCCACGCCACCUGCCAGGCGGCCUCCGACGUGCUCGUGAAAACCGUCCGCUUCAUGAGAAACCUGCCCUCCUUCCAGCUGCUGCCGCGCGACGACCAGCUCCUGCUGCUGGACAGCUGCUGGGCCCCGCUCUUCCUGCUGGGGCUGGCGCAGGAGAGGGUGGCCUUCGACGUGAUGGAGACGCCGGCGCCCAGCAUGCUCAAGAAGAUCCUUCUCGACGGUCAGAGCAAGCAGCAGGAGCCCGAGAGGACGCAGCCCACGCUGGCGGCGGUGCAGCGGCUGCAGUGCUGCCUCCACACCUUCUGGAGCCUGGACCUGAGCCCCAAGGAGUACGCCUACCUGAAGGGCGCCAUCCUCUUCAAUCCUGAUGUCCCAGGGCUGAGGGCUUCCCUGUACAUCGAGAGCCUCCAGCGGGAAGCGCAGCGAGCGCUGCAGGAAGUGCUGCGGCCCCUGCACCCCGAGGACCAGGGCCGCUUUGCCCGCACCUUGCUGAUCGCUUCCUCCUUGAAAUCGAUCCCUCCCGCCCUCAUCACGGACCUCUUCUUCAGGCCGGUCAUUGGCAACGCGGACAUCGUCGAGCUCAUCGCCGAGAUGUUCUACGAGAUAACGAGCUGGCAGGCGGCUCCGGCGUCGCGCGGGCCGCUCUGAGCGGCCGCAGCUCCGCGCACGACACCUGCGACCUGUCGCGAGCAUCCCAGGGCGGCAAAUUCUGGGAGCGGGAUUGGGACAGGCGCUCCGGGCGCUGCGGAGAAUCACGUGUGUUGGAGGCGUGAGGAACAGCUCGCGGGUGGCUGUAACCUUCAGCCGGGCUGCGGAACACGCAGACAAAUCGCGUGGGUCCCGCGGAUGUUCACAGCGGCCGUCGCCUGUUGCAGGGUGUCGCGUGGCUGCGUGUCGGGUGUCUCCUGC